CCUCCCUUCCUCACUCCCCACGGCAAAGCAGCAACCAAACUACAAUCAUCAUAUCCAUACAUACAGUCAUCUAAGCUCAUCUGUCUGACAUUGUUAACCAAUAACUACUUUUCAUUUACAAAUUUGUCGUGGAAUCCAUCGAUCGAAGAUGAUGAGCGUUGAGGAUAUCAGGCGGGCACAGCGGGCAGAGGGGCCGGCCACCAUCCUGGCCAUCGGCACCGCCAACCCGCCCAAUUGCGUCUACCAGGAUGACUACCCUGAUUACUAUUUCCGCGUCACCAACAGCGACCACAUGACGGAUCUUAAGCAGAAAUUCAAGCGAAUGUGCGAAAAAUCGAUGAUCAAGAAACGUUACAUGCACUUAACGGAAGAUCUCCUGAAGGAGCACCCCAACUUCUGCGAGUACAUGGCGGCGUCGCUGGACGCCCGGCAGGACAUCGUGGUGGCGGAGAUUCCCAAGCUGGGGAAGGAGGCGGCGGCGAAGGCCAUCAAGGAGUGGGGGCAGCCCAAGUCGAAGAUCACCCACGUCAUCUUCUGCACCACCAGCGGCGUCGACAUGCCCGGCGCCGACUACCAGCUCACCAAGCUGCUCGGCCUCCGCCCUUCGGUCAAGCGCUUCAUGAUGUACCAGCAGGGCUGCUUCGCCGGCGGCACUGUCCUCCGCAUGGCCAAGGACCUCGCCGAGAACAACGCCGGCGCACGUAUUCUCGUCGUCUGCUCCGAGAACACCACCAUCACCUUCCGGGGGCCUAACGAGGGCCACCUCGACAGCCUGGUUGGGCAGGCGCUGUUCGGCGACGGGGCGGCCGCCGUCAUCGUCGGCUCCGACCCCGUCGUCGGCGUGGAGCGGCCGCUCUUCCAGCUGAUCUAUGCGGCGCAGACCAUCCUCCCCGACAGCCAGGGCGCCAUUGACGGGCACGUCCGGGAGGUGGGGCUGACCUUCCAUCUCCUCAAGGACGUCCCCGGCCUGAUCUCCAACAACAUCGAGAAGAGCCUCAAGGACGCCUUCGACCCGAUCGGGAUCUCCGACUGGAACUCGCUCUUCUGGAUCGUGCACCCCGGCGGGCCAGCGAUUCUGGACCAGGUGGAGGAGAAGCUGGGGCUCUCGCCGGAGAAGAUGGAGGCCACGAGGCACGUGCUGAGCGAGUACGGGAACAUGUCGAGCGCCUGCGUGCUGUUCGUGCUGGACCAGAUGAGGAAGGCCUCCACCGAGAAGGGGGCCACCACCACCGGGGAUGGCCUCGACUGGGGAGUGCUCUUCGGGUUCGGGCCGGGCCUCACCGUCGAGACGGUAGUCCUGCAUUCCGUGCCGACCAACUAGCGACCGACCCUGCCUUGCCAGCUGGAUUUGUUUCUUUGUUUCAUAGUAUAAUUAUUAUAAUCUGUAUUAUUAUAUAAUAAUAAUCAUAAUAUAUAUGCCUGCCUGCCUGCCGGUGAUGGAAGAAGAUUUGGCUUCAAUGGAGAUGGACGGGUAAGUACUGUGUUGCUGCUUAAUGAUUUUAAUUAUUAUUAUUACAUAUGUUACGCAAAAUCCUUGUACUAAGUGAGCAAGUAUAUUUAUUGUUUCCGCUGUUUCAAUGAACUGAUGAAUUGAAUAAAUUGGGGGUGAGGAUCUCAA